AGACUGCGACUACUCGUCGCUUCGGCGGGUCCAGGUGUUGAACGGCAGCAACCCUCUCUUCCAAGAUGUCAAAAACAAACAAAUCCAAGUCUGGGUCUCGCUCUUCUCGCUCAAGAUCUGCAUCCAGAUCUCGGUCUCGAUCGUUUUCCAAGUCUCGGUCCAGAAGCCGAUCUGUCUCCAGUUCAAGGAAGCGCAGGCUGAGUUCUAGGUCUCGUUCCAGAUCGUAUUCUCCAGCUCAUAACAGAGAAAGGAAUCACCCCCGAGUGUAUCAGAAUCGAGAUUUCAGAGGCCACAACAGAGGCUAUCGGAGGCCCUAUUAUUUCCGUGGGCGAAACCGAGGCUUUUAUCCAUGGGGCCAGUAUAACCGAGGUGGCUAUGGAAACUACCGGUCCAAUUGGCAGAACUACCGGCAAGCAUACAGUCCUCGUCGAGGCCGUUCCCGAUCCCGGUCCCCAAAGAGAAGGUUCCCUUCACCACGGUCCAGGAGCCAUUCUAGGAACUCGGAUAAGUCAUCCUCUGACAGAUCAAGGCGCUCCUCAUCCUCCCGGUCAUCCUCCAACCACAGCAGGGUUGAAUCGUCUAAGCGCAAGUCUACAAAAGAGAAGAAGUCCUCUUCUAAGGAUAGCAGGCCAUCUCAGGCAGCCGGUGAUAACCAGGGAGAUGAGGCCAAGGAGCAGACAUUUUCUGGAGGUGCAUCUCAAGAUAUAAAAGGGUCUGAGAGCUCAAAGCCAUGGCCAGAUGCUACUACCUAUAGCACUGGUUCUGCGUCACGGGCCUCGGCUUCUGAUCUGAGCCCCCGGGAGAGAAGCCCUGCUCUCAAAAGCCCCCUCCAGUCUGUGGUGGUUAGGCGAAGGUCACCACGCCCUAGCCCUGUGCCAAAGCCUAGUCCUCCACUUUCUAAUACAUCCCAGAUGGGCUCAUCUAUGUCAGGUGGUGCUGGAUAUCAGUCUGGAACACACCAAGGUCAGUUCGACGAUGGCUCUGGAUCUUUGAGUCCAUCUAAGAAGAGCCCUGUGGGUAAGAGUCCUCCGGCCACUGGCUCUGCUUAG